AUGUUAAAGGACGGUCCUCUCGAUUUCCUGCGUUCGGAUCCAAUCAACUGUCAGAGCCAAACUGAAAACACGCUUUCUCUAAGGUUUUGGAAGACUAAAGAAGUAGAACUUGAAGCAUGCGCUGUGUCUUUAAUGGGCGAAGCAAUCGAAUGCCAUGGGUUACCAUCAGAGAUGAGCCCAGCACCAGUCUCCGUGUCCUUCACCAAUGCUGCCAAGAAUUUUGUGAUUAUUCUUCGCGUAAAAUCAUUCAAUCGCGAUUUCGACUCAGUUGUGAUCAUUGACGACAUUUCCUAUCGAGCAACAUUGUGCAGCGAUGCGUUAAGCGUGUUCGAUUUGGGAGAACACUUCCUUAGUACCCCAAUGCUUAGCUUGUUGCUGAAUAGGAACGUCAAUUCAGCUAAGGUAGUCUAACC